ACCCGCUGCCGCUCCCGACACGGAGGCCCAGGGAGCCCCUCGGCGGCGGCGGCGGCGGUGGCGGCGGACGAGAGGAGGAAAGGGAGGAGGAAGAAGAGGAGGAGGCGGAGGAGGAGGAGGAAAAUGAAGCUCCUGAAGCCGGCCUGGGUCAACCACAAUGGCAAGCCAAUAUUUUCAGUUGACAUUCAUCCUGACGGGACCAAGUUUGCAACCGGAGGUCAAGGGCAGGAUUCUGGGAAGGUUGUGAUUUGGAACAUGGCUCCUGUCCUCAAAGAAGAAGAUGAAAAGAAUGAGAAUAUACCCAAGAUGCUUUGUCAGAUGGACAAUCAUUUAGCUUGCGUGAAUUGUGUGCGAUGGUCAAACAAUGGGCUUUAUCUGGCUUCCGGGGGAGAUGACAAGCUGGUCAUGGUUUGGACUAGAGCGGCGUACAUUGGACCUAGCACGGUGUUUGGUUCCAGUAGUAAACUUGCGAAUGUAGAACAGUGGAGGUGUGUCUCAAUUCUUAGAAGCCAUUCUGGGGAUGUAAUGGAUGUGGCCUGGUCUCCUCAUGAUGCUUGGCUAGCCUCUUGCAGUGUCGAUAACACCGUUGUCAUCUGGAAUGCUGUCAAAUUUCCAGAAAUCCUGGCCACUCUGAAGGGUCACUCGGGCUUAGUGAAGGGACUCACCUGGGACCCCGUUGGGAAAUACAUCGCAUCACAAGCGGAUGACAGAAGCUUGAAGGUGUGGCGGACUAUGGACUGGCAGCUAGAAACCAGCAUUACCAAGCCGUUUGAUGAGUGCGGAGGAACCACGCAUGUUUUACGCCUCAGCUGGUCACCUGAUGGGCAUUAUUUAGUCUCUGCUCACGCCAUGAAUAAUUCCGGACCCACGGCACAGAUCAUUGAGAGAGAUGGAUGGAAAACCAACAUGGAUUUUGUAGGCCAUCGCAAAGCCGUUACAGUGGUGAAAUUCAAUCCAAAAAUCUUUAAAAAGAAGCAUAAGAACGGGAGCUCAACCAAGCCCAGCUGCCCUUAUUGCUGCUGCGCUGUUGGCAGUAAAGACCGGUCCCUUUCUGUCUGGCUUACAUGUCUGAAAAGGCCGUUGGUGGUUAUACAUGAGCUGUUUGACAAGUCUAUCAUGGACAUCUCAUGGACCUUAAAUGGACUCGGCAUCUUGGUGUGUUCCAUGGAUGGAUCAGUGGCGUUUCUGGAUUUUUCCCAGGACGAGCUUGGUGAUCCCCUGAGCGAGGAGGAAAAGAGCAACAUUCAUCAGUCCACCUAUGGCAAAAGCUUGGCUAUCAUGACCGAGGCGCAUCUGUCCACCACUAUAAUCGAGAAUCCAGAGAUGCUGAAGUACCAGCAAAGGCAGCAGCAGGGAGGGCAGAAGAAUGACGCUAUAAGGGACGCAGCAGGCUCAGCAAUGGCAGCCCCUAAAAUGGCGAGCAUGGUGAAUGGGGAGAGCUUGGAGGACAUCAGGAAAAGACCUUUCUUCCGACAGAAUCUUUUAAAGAAGCAAGUCGAGACACGGACAGCAGAUGGCCGGAGAAGGAUCACACCUCUCUGCAUAGCUCAGCUGGACACUGGUGAUUUUUCAACAGCUUUCUUCAAUAGUAUUCCGAUAUCUGGAUCCUUAGCUGGAACAAUGAUGUCUGCUUCUCAAACCAAUCAGCUGAUGUCAUUAGAUUACAAUGCAACCAAUUCCCUUGGCACUUCUAAACCUACCUUAGAGCCGGUGGCAGUCAGUGUUAAACCCACAGAAGAUGGAGUCAACAAGGACGGUGUAAACGCUACCUCUGCUUCAGCCGCUCCCUCUGCCUCCUCGCCCUCUGUGCUGACAACCCCGUCCAAGAUAGAACCGAUGAAAGCAUUUGAUUCCAGAUUUACCGAGCGGUCCAAAGCCACCUCAGGGACUUCUGCCAUCGCACACACAAAUCAAAUCGCCAUAGACAGGUUAAAAGAGCAGAACUCGAUUAGGGACAGUAAACCCCGGGAUCUCCUGGAGAGCAGCAGCGACAGUGAGGAAAAGAUCCCGGCUAAGUCUCACUCUCACUCUCUGUCCAAGCGUAAACUGGAGCUGGAGAUUGAAACGGUGGAAAAGAAGAAAAAAGGAAGGCCUCGAAAGGACUCCAGGCUGAUGGCCGUCCCUCUAACAGUUCAGUCCCCGGCGAUCCUGGCUUCUGAGAAGGAUGGGGCUUGCCACAGUGCCCCGUUAGCGCUUAAACUGCCCACCCCGCUCCCGCAGAAAUCGUUUACAUUGCAAGUCAGCUCAGAUCCCUCCAUGUACAUAGAAGUGGAGAAUGAAAUUACGUCGGCAGGGGGUUCAAAACUGAGCAGGUUAAAAUGCAAUCGAGAAGGCAAAGAGUGGGAAACGGUCCUCACCAGCCGGAUUCUUUCAGCAGCAGGAAGCUGCGAAGUGGUGAGCGUCGCUUGUGAAAAGCGGACCCUCUCUGUGUUUUCGGCUUGCGGUCGCCGCCUCCUCCCUCCUAUCGUUCUGCACUCGCCCAUCUCCACCUUGCACUGUACAGGCUUCUACAUCAUGGCUCUUACGACCGCUGCAACCCUCUCUGUCUGGAACGUUCAGAAACGGUCAGUUGUGGUGAAGGACGAAUCCUUGCAGACGAUUUUAACAGGCAGCGAAACCACGGUGUCUCAGAUCUUGUUGACACAGCACGGCAUCCCAGUAAUGAACAUGUCUGAUGGAAAAGCAUAUUGCUUUAACCCUUCUCUUUCCUCCUGGAACCUUGUCUCUGACAAGCAGGAGACUCUAGCACAAUGUGCAGACUUCAGGAACAGUUUACCAUCCCAGGAGGCUAUGCUGUGUUCGGGACCUUUAGCCAUAAUACAAGGGAGAACAUCCAAUUCUGGGAGGCAAGCUGCAAGAUUGUUCUCCAUGCCUCAUUUAGUACAGCAGGAAACAACUCUGGCGUACUUGGAGAGUCAGGUAGCAGCUGCCCUUACGUUGCAGUCAAGUCACGAAUACCGCCAUUGGCUCCUUAUCUAUGCACGGUAUCUAGUUAACGAAGGGUUUGAAUAUCGAUUACGGGAAUUAUGCAAGGAUUUGCUGGGUCCAGUCCAUUGCUCACCUGGCAGCCAGUGGGAAUCAACUGUUGUAGGUUUACGAAAGCGAGAGCUACUGAAGGAACUGCUUCCGGUCAUCGGACAGAACCUUCGCUUUCAGCGGCUUUUCACAGAAUAUCAAGAGCAACUGGACAUCUCGAAAGACAAAUAGCUUCUUCCCCCAUUGUUUAUCUGACCUAAGAGAAACUGGCAAAGCAGCGUUGCUGAGCAAGCCCGAA